UGGGCUGUGGAUGUGGCAACAAAGCGGCGCCGGUCCGGUUGACUACGUGUCUCCUUCGGUCCACACACAAGUGUUGUUGUGUUUGGUUUUCCAGACUUUCACAUUGUCAGCUCUCCUGAAGUAAAAGUGCAAUGUUUGCCAGGCUGGCCUUGUGCUCUCAUCUGCCAUCCAGAAUCUGGCAGUCAAAUGUCUGUCCAGUGUCCAUCAGAGCGUAUUCCAAGGCCAAUUUCCCACGUCCCCAUGGGAAGUCAUUUGCUCACCGCAGUGAGUUGAAGCAGGCCAAACGUAUUGUGGUGAAGCUGGGGAGUGCUGUGGUGACACGUGAUGAGUGCGGUCUGGCACUGGGUCGACUGGCUUCAAUAGUAGAGCAGGUGGCCAUGCUCCAGAAUCAAGGCAGAGAGAUGAUGAUUGUCACCAGUGGCGCUGUGGCAUUUGGGAAGCAGAGACUGAGACAUGAGAUCCUGCUGUCUCAGAGCGUCAGACAAGCCCUGCAUUCUGGACAGAAUCAACUCAAAGAAAUGUCAGUCCCAGUUUUGGAGGCAAGGGCAUGUGCAGCUGCUGGACAGAGUGGUCUGAUGGCAUUGUAUGAAGCUAUGUUCACACAGUACAGUACCUGCACUGCACAAAUUCUGGUCACCAACCUUGAUUUCCAUGAUGAGCAGAAACGUCGCAACCUGAACAGCACGCUUCAUGAACUGCUGCGGAUGAACAUAGUUCCCAUCAUCAACACCAAUGAUGCUGUUGUUCCGCCCCCUGUUCCCAACAGUGACCUACAGGGGGUAAAUGUAAUAAGCAUCAAAGAUAAUGACAGCUUGGCUGCACGGCUGGCUGUUGAAAUGAAGGCGGACCUCCUUAUUGCCCUGUCUGAUGUUGAAGGCCUAUAUGACAGUCCCCCAGGAACAGAUGAUGCCAAACUCAUUGAUAUAUUCUAUCCUGGAGACCAGCAGUCAAUCACGUACGGCACGAAGUCCAGAGUCGGCAUUGGCGGCAUGGAAGCCAAGGUGAAAGCAGCCCUCUGGGCACUACAGGGUGGGACGUCGGUCGUCAUCGCCAACGGCACACAUCCUAAAGUCACAGGCCACGUCAUCACGGACAUUGUUGAUGGGAAGAAAGUUGGCACCUUCUUCUCUGAAGUGAAACCUGCAGGUCCAACUGUGGAGCAGCAGACAGAGAUGGCCCGACAUGCAGGAAGGGCUUUGGCCUCCCUGAACCCUGAACAGAGAGAGGAGAUCAUCUGCUCUCUUGCUGAGCUGCUUACCGAAAAGAAAGAUGAGAUUCUAAGUGCCAACAAGAGAGACAUGGAGUUAGCCGUAUCAUCAGGUCGAUUGUCUCAGCCUCUGAUCGACCGCCUGAGUCUGUCAACUGCUAAGCUCAACAGCCUUGCUAUCGGCCUCCGUCAGCUCGCCGUGUCCUCCAGGGAUAGCGUGGGUCGGGUGCUGAGGAGAACCAGGGUGGCCAACAACCUCGAGCUGGAACAGAUCACAGUCCCCAUCGGUGUCCUGCUCGUCAUCUUUGAGUCGCGUCCUGAUUGUCUCCCACAGGUGUCGGCUCUGGCUAUUGCCAGUGGAAAUGCUUUGCUCCUGAAGGGGGGUAAAGAAGCUUCCAACACCAAUAAAAUUCUGCAUCAACUCACCCAGGAGGCACUUUCCAUUCAUGGAGUGACAGAUGCCAUUCAGCUGGUGAGCACACGUGAAGAUGUCGAGGAUCUGUGCAGACUAGACAAGAUGAUUGACCUGAUCAUUCCAAGGGGCUCAUCCCAGCUUGUGCGAAACAUCCAGAGGGCAGCUAAGGGGAUUCCUGUACUAGGCCACAGCGAGGGCGUCUGUCACGUCUACAUAGACAGCGAUGCCAGCAUAGACAAAGCUAUUGAUGUUGUCAGGGACUCCAAAUGUGACUACCCUGCAGCCUGCAAUGCCCUGGAGACACUCCUUAUUCACAGAGAUUUGCUGAGAACUCCUAUUUUUGACCAGAUCAUUGAUAUGCUGAGAACAGAACAUGUGAAGAUCCAUGCAGGCCCCCGGUUUGCAUCCUAUCUUACUUUCAGCCCAUCCGAGGUGAAGUCAUUGAGGACGGAGUACGGGGACCUGGAGUGCUGCAUUGAGGUGGUAGACAGCAUGCAGGACGCUGUGGACCACAUUCACAAAUACGGCAGCUCCCACACUGAUGUCAUUGUUACAGAAAAUGAGGAGACGGCCGAACAGUUUCUGCAGCAGGUGGACAGCGCCUGCGUGUUCUGGAACUCCAGCUCUCGCUUUGCCGAUGGCUACCGCUUUGGCCUUGGAGCUGAGGUUGGCAUCAGUACGGCAAGAAUACAUGCCAGAGGUCCAGUCGGUUUGGAGGGGCUUCUUACAACCAAAUGGGUCCUAAGAGGGGACGGGCACACUGUGGCUGACUUCUCGGAGCAAGGCAGUAUGAAAUACCUUCAUGAAAACAUCCCCGUCCCCCAGGGGAGCUUUAAUUAGGUGUUCAACCAAAGAGCCACCAACAGGAGUCAAGGUACUUGAUGUCUAUCCAGAGUUUACGUAAAGGUUUGUGUCUGCCAGUAGAACUUCAACUUUUUUGGCUGCUGCUUCAUCACCAGUAUGAGUCUGCUGUUGGUGCAGAAAGCUUGCAUACAGACCAGAGGCUACUUUAACUGGACAACCAAGUUCCUGGUUUUAUAAAUCUGUGCAUCAACCUGUGGGAUCAGUCCAAUACCAAUCUUCUGAGACAAUUACUGGUUGUUACAUGACUGGUGAGAGAAAAAUAUAUUAUGGUAAAAAGAAUUAAAAAAACAUUAUGUAUGUGUGACAGGUGAAACAAACAGUAUAAACAGACAAAGCUCUUUCCUCUGUAAGGUCAUUUUUAUAGUAGCAGGAAUAAAAUCAUUGGCCCAGCUGUGAUUUUCUAACUUAUUUUUCUACAUACAAACUCUCCCUUGGCCUUUUUGUAAUUUACUGUAAGUGUUGUUUGUGCAGGAUCUUGGUCCAAAUUUAUUUUGCUGUCCUUUCUCUUUGCACAGAUGGUUUAAUAAAUAUGCUGUACAGUUCUUUA